UUCCUUUUCCCAAUUCCGGCGACGAAACCGCCGUGUUUUGCCUGCUGUUCCGCCGUGAUCCAGCACAAAAACGACCAAUCAAAGAUGAAAACCGCGUCCUCUCACAAGAACAUUUCAAUUCCGACCGCCGUUGAAAUUCAAUCCCCUAAAAACCAAGCAAUCAAUCAUCUUUCACGGCUCUACGAAAAGUAUUCAACAAUUUGACUCAUUCACAAGGCCAACACAAUUCAAAGACGCCUCUGCAAAUUUCAAAAAGCCUAAUCGAUUCAAUUUUAAUCUCAAACUCCUCGAUCUAUAUGUAUAUAUAGAUUGGAGGCUCUCGAGAAAGGCAAAUCCCCAAAAACACUUCAUUAGAAUAGGAAAGGAAAAAAAAUGGAGCCGUUGAUGGAGGAGGAAGAGUAUAACUGGCGGGAAGUGACUCUGCCGUCGCUGAUACCGGUGGUGGUCGCGCCGGAGCUCGAUCGGGAAACCGGCGAGAGGAGGAGGGGCCGCGACGUGAUCGUGGCCGUCGAUCACGGGCCCAAUAGCAAGCACGCCUUCGAUUGGGCUUUGACCCAUUUUUGCCGUCUGGCCGACACUGUUCAUCUCGUCCACGCCGUAUCCAGUUUUAAGAACGAGAUUGUGUACGAGAUGACUCAGGGCUUGAUGGAGAAGCUUGCCGUGGAAGCAUUUGAGGUCGCUAUGGUGAAGACAAAAGCAAGGAUUGUGGAAGGUGAUGCAGGCAAGGCAAUAUGCAGAGAAGCCGAGAGGCUAAGACCUGCAGCUGUUGUAGUAGGCACAAGGGGCCGUGGCUUCAUCCAAAGUGUAAUACAGGGAAGUGUUAGCGAAUACUGUUUCCGCAAUUGUAAAACAGCGCCGGUUAUAAUUGUUCCUGGGAAAGAUGUGGGGGAAGGAUCUGUUCUGUGAUGGAGCUUAGCUUGCUGGGGUUGGGGAAUGAACAAUUGUAAGAGUUUUGCGCUUAAAUUGGUCUGCAUUUUGAUUGAUUUUAUUUAGUGUCGUAAUUGUCUGUAAGUAUAUUAGUGCUUAGUUAGUUGUCUGUAAGUAUAUUUGUUGUGCAAUAGCAGGAUAAUAUGUUGAUGUUCUGUAACAUAAAUUGUUCUGAUCUCGUGGAAUAAAUUCUUUUCAUUGAAAUUAUGAUUGAUUUUUCAAAAUUCAUUUACAACCUUUUUUCUUUUCAAACUUUCACUUUAUCAAUAUAAUUAAAAAAUAUAAAAUAAACUAUUACUACACAUUUGUAAUGAAAUUU